GUCAGCUGCGGUGGCGGGUGCUCGAUGCACGCGCGCCUUGAGGAAUGCUUUACUCAUAAAGGGUCACAAUGUGCUUCUGGCGGAGAGGGUGCGCGCGGCUAACACUGGGAUAACGGCCCCCGGCCAUCACCAUCAACAGUACUGCAUACAGCUUGUCAGAAAUCGAGAUUAUGAAGGUUUCCUGUCUUCUCUGCUGCUUCCUGCAGAAUUCCGUAGCUCAGUGUUUGCAUUAAGAGCAUUCAAUGUGGAAUUGGCUCAGGUUCAAGAUUUAGUAUCUCAGAAGACAAUAGGUCUGAUGAGGAUGCAGUUUUGGAGGCAAGUGAUUGAAGAUAUUUACAGUGAUAACCCUCCUCAUCAACCCAUUGCCAUUGAACUGUGGAAGGCAGUAAGAAAGUACAAGCUGACUAAGAGAUGGUUUCUGCGUAUUAUUGAGGAACGGGAAAGGAAUUUGAAUGAGAAAGCAUUUAGAAAUAUCCAAGAGCUGGAAGCUUACGCGGAAAAUGCUCAGUCAUCAUUCAUCUAUCUCGUAUUGGAAGUUUUAGGUGUAAAGGAUAUCCACGCAGAUCAUGCAGCAAGUCAUAUUGGAAAAGCUCAAGGAAUAGUGACAUGUCUACGUUCAACACCUUAUCAUUGUAUGCGACGGAAGGUUUACCUUCCACUGGACCUCUGUGUACUGCAUGGUGUGUCACAAGAAGAUUUUAUUCGAGCAAAUCAUGGAAAAAACGUGAGGGAUGUCGUUUUUGAUGUAGCAAGUCAGGCACAUGUUCAUCUUGAGCAUGCCCGAUCAUUCUGUGGAAAUGUUCCUUCAAAAGCCUACCCAGCUUUUUUGCAAACGGUUGUUCUUGAUGACUAUUUGGGCAGAAUCCGUAAAGUUGAUUUCGAUGUGUUUCAUCCUAGUCUGCAGAAGAGAAAUACCAUGCUUCCUUUCUACUUGUAUAUACGUUCUUGGAGGAAAAUCUAUUAAAAGUCAAUCAGGGUUACAGUAGCAAAGUUUAAUAAUAGUGCUUGAUUCUUUAAAAAGUAAAUAUUAUAUAAGAUUGAUAAGGACAGUGUUCUGUCCUUUUUAUCCUUCAUGAACUGGGCUCAAAUUUAGAGCGGACUGACGGUUUGGAAGUCCAUUCAAUGACAACUUGAUGGGUCCCACAAGAAACGAUUUGGAAUAGACAAUCAUUUCUAUUGAAAAGCAUAAAAUGGCUUGCAGUUCAGCACCAAUGUGCUAUAAGGUGAUCGAAGAUUUUUGACCAAGAAAUGUUGAAAAUACUUACUAUAUUUUACCAGAAUUGCAUCUCGUCUGGAAGUACAUUGAUGAUAGAGGUAGAGGAACAUGUUCCACUCUUAGGUGGAGAAUGGAACAUUAAUACCAGUUAGCUUUAACAUCUAUGACACGAACACAAAUCCUUAAGUUUUUUUUUACAGUUCUGGUUAAAGCAAAUAAUAGUAACUUUAAAUAACACUUUUUUAAUGUGGCUUGACAUUAUAAGGCACUUCACAAGAGUGUUAGAAUAUUUGACAUGAGUCACAUACUGCAAUACUAGGGUAGAUGACCAAAAGCUUGGUGCAAGAACUAGAUUUUACAAGAAUAUCUUAAAAGCUAUUUGGAGAGGAGUAAAGUGGGAUUUUCAAAGCUUUGGAGCUUGGCAGUUGAAUACACAGCCAGCAGUGAUUGAAGAAUUAAAAUUGGAAAUGCGCAAGAGGCCAGAAUUAGAGGCAUACAGAUGUCUUGGGAGUUGGAAGCGUUGUGGAGUUGACGAAAAUUUUAGAACUAAGGUGGUGACAUGCUGGGAUUUGAAAACAAUAUGAGCCUUAAUGUGUAGGUGUUGCUUAAUCUGGACUUCAUAUGGUCACUAGGAUCAGGAUGAUGGUGAAUGGGAUGCACUGGGAGCUAAGGACACAAGCAGCAGAGUUUUUGAUUUCCUCAAGUUUUCAAAAAUAGGACAUGGGAGGCUGACCUAGGGUACGUUGAAAGAGUCAAGUCAAGAUGUAACAAAGGCAUGAAUAAGGGUUUUAGCAUCAAUUAAGAUGAGGUGGGGGACAGAGUUGAGUGUUGUUGCUGAAGGGAAAUCAGCAUUCUUGAUGAUGGCAGGGAAAUGUGAUUGGAAGCUCACUUCAUGGUUCACUAAUAACAGGAAUUUGUGAAUUAAUAUUAUUUAUUCAACCACCUGUAUUUAUUUUUCUGUCUUCCUUUCAAGUGAGUUCUUCCAUCUAAAACUAAUCAGAGUUUCCAUGAAUUAUGCUUAUCUGGAGGUCUUCAAGGAGGGUAUUAAAAUUAUGCUGUUUUUAUUUUGGGUAUAAGACCACUAAUAGGAAAGUUCUAGAGGCUUUUGAAUGUAACCUUUUGAAUUUUCUAAAAAACUGACUACUGUACACCGAUAUAACUACCAGAUGGUUCCGCAUAGUUUUCUCAAGUUAUUGUCAUUUUAAAAGAGCAAUGCUCAGAUGGUGGAGUGCACUGAUUUUUAAAACCUUAAUUUCGUAGUACAUUCCGUUGUUUAAUUAAACUGUGAACGUUACUAUACUUAAGAAUAUAAAGGAAUACUUGUCAAACAAAACAUUUUUUAGAAUCAUGGUUAUGGAACUGGAGGAGAAAGUGAGGUCUGCAGAUGCUGGAAAUCAGAGCUGAAAAUGUGUUGCUGGAAAAGCGCAGCAGGUCAGGCAGCAUCCAAGGAACAGGAGAUUUGACGUUUUGGGCAUGAGCCCUUCUAUGGAAGUGGAGACAGCCAUUCAGCUCAUCACAUACACACUGGUCAAAAGUUCUAAAGUGCUGUUCAGCCAUCCUGGUUUAUGGUAGAUUUUAUAGCCCAUGUAUAGUCUUAUUACAAUUUAACAGGACAAAGUUAAAAAUCACACAACACCAGGUUAUUUGAAAAUCUGGUAGGAAAGUAACUCUACCAUAAUUACCCGGUCUCACUUGCAGAUUACCCCAGAUCCACAGCAAUGUGGUUGAGCUUUGACAUCUUCAACUUUGAAACACUGCUUUAGUGUUCUAACCAAACACAUCUGGUCUGGAACUUUCAUAUUAAAAUCCCUACACUAAGGGAGCCUAUUUCCUAACACUUCUCAUCUAUCCCCUUUCUUCAGGAGAAAGUGGUUCACACUAAACUCUGUGAACUGAACCAUAAGCUUUCUAAGUAAUAAAUAUUUCCCCGAAGUAAAUUUAAAAAAGUGACCAAUCCUUCUAAACUGAAAGCAAACAAUUGUUCCUUAAUAUUUACUCUGACUGCACAUUAAACCCUGUAACUGCAAACAAAUUCCUGUUAUCAUUCCAGGAAAUCACUGGUUCAAAGAACAUCAUGACUCCAGACAUACUUACAAAUUAAUUAUAAAAUCUCCUCAUAGUCACAGAACAAAACUCACAUUCCAAGAGUUUGAAGUAAAAAUUUUAAAGCAAAAGAUCAGUCUAUAAAUAUAUGUAAAUCAUACAUGUUCCAGAACACCGAUAGUGCCUGUCCAACGAAAGAUAUUUCAGAGAUGUGGUGAUGCAUGUAUUAAGGAUUAGUUUAUUGCUAGUUAUCUGAAUGGAUAGACUAAGUUGAGGUUUACCAUUUUGGCAAACUGGUUCAGAUGUGCUAAUUUGAGAUUGGUUAAAUUACUGUUUUGGUGAUAAUAAAAUGGCAUUGUU